AUGUUUUUCAGGAGCCGAGUUGGGUCGCCGACGAUGUCAGCGACUGUUGCCGGAAACCAGCAACAGCAGUAUCCCCAUCAAGAGUGGGACAUAAACGACUCUAACGUGCCAAAGGUCGUCGAGUUGGAUGGCUGGUCUGAGUGGGCGGAUGGACACGUGCGCAAGGUCUACGGGGCAGAUUGCGAGGAGGCCCGCAGACACGCCUCAGGCUGGGCGAUGCGCAAUACAAACAACCACAACGUGAGCAUACUGAAGAAAUCGUGUCUAGGGGUGCUCGAGUGUUCGCUCAAGUGCGUUCUGCCGAGCGGAGGCCAGGUCCACCUGCGGCCCGCAAUCUGCGACAAAGCGCGAAAAAAACAACAGGGUAAACCUUGCCCGAAUCGCCAGUGUUCCGGUCGGCUGCAGAUUCACGCCUGUCGAGGCCACUGCGGCUACCCCGUGACCCAUUUUUGGCGGCACACCGAGCACGCGAUAUUCUUCCAAGCUAAAGGCACCCACGAUCACCCGAGGCCCGAGGCCAAAUCAACCUCGGAGGCGCGUCGGAGCGUAGGGGCCGGUAAGCGCGUACGCGGCCUCGCCGUUCUUUUGGCUCGCGAGGGUGCCCUCACCACAAAGCUUAUGAGCCUCAGAGGUACGAAAAGACCGACUUCGGAGCUCCUGUCAACGACAAUUCCACCCCUGAUAGCCGACAAGGGGAACACAGCAGCCACAUUGACAAACAAUAAGAACAAUCUCGAGUUCUGGUGUGCGACUGUUUCGUUAUUUGGAAAAGAGAAUACCGAAAUUGUAUAA